CAUUUUAGGUGGUCCGCGGCGGCGCCAUUAAAGCGAGGAGGAGGCAAGAGUGGCCGCCGCUGCUUCAUAUUCCUUUCUAGCGUAGCCCGAGAGAGUGGGAGUGCGCGCCGCGCGCGAGUGGGAGGCGAGGGGGGCAGGCCAGGGAGAGGCGCAGGAGCCUUCGCAGCCACGCGCGCGCCUUCUGGGUCUUGCGGUGUGCUCGGCGCGGUAGCGGGCGCGCGGCGGCAGGGAUCCCUUCGCUGCUACUUGGGGCUCGCGGCAGCGGCGCGGGUGUCUUCUCGGCGGCGGCGGCGGCGGUAGCACCAUGUCGGAGGAGCAGUUCGGCGGGGACCGGAGUCCGAGGGCGCGAAGAUCGACGCCAGCAAGAACGAGGAGGACGAAGGCCAUUCAAACUCCUCCCCACGACACACUGAAGCAGCGACGGCACAGCGGGAAGAAUGGAAAAUGUUUAUAGGAGGCCUUAGCUGGGACACUACAAAGAAAGAUCUGAAGGACUACUUUUCCAAAUUUGGUGAAGUUGUAGACUGCACUCUGAAGUUAGAUCCUAUCACAGGGCGAUCAAGGGGUUUUGGCUUUGUGCUAUUUAAAGAGUCGGAGAGUGUAGAUAAGGUCAUGGAUCAGAAAGAACAUAAAUUGAAUGGGAAGGUGAUUGAUCCUAAAAGGGCCAAAGCCAUGAAAACAAAAGAGCCUGUUAAAAAAAUUUUUGUUGGUGGCCUUUCUCCAGAUACACCUGAAGAGAAAAUAAGGGAGUACUUUGGUGGUUUUGGUGAGGUGGAAUCCAUAGAGCUCCCCAUGGACAACAAAACCAAUAAGAGGCGUGGAUUCUGCUUUAUUACCUUUAAGGAAGAAGAACCAGUGAAGAAGAUAAUGGAAAAGAAAUACCACAAUGUUGGGCUUAGUAAAUGUGAAAUAAAAGUAGCAAUGUCGAAGGAGCAGUACCAGCAACAGCAGCAGUGGGGGUCAAGAGGAGGAUUUGCGGGACGAGCUCGUGGGAGAGGUGGUGGCCCCAGUCAAAACUGGAACCAGGGAUAUAGUAACUAUUGGAAUCAAGGCUAUGGCAACUAUGGAUAUAACAGCCAAGGUUACGGUGGUUAUGGAGGAUAUGACUACACUGGUUACAACAACUACUAUGGAUAUGGUGAUUAUAGCAACCAGCAGAGUGGUUAUGGAAAAGUAUCCAGGCGAGGUGGUCAUCAAAAUAGCUACAAACCAUACUAAAUUAUUCCAUUUGCAACUUAUCCCCAACAGGUGGUGAAGCAGUAUUUUCCAAUUUGAAGAUUCAUUUGAAGGUGGCUCCUGCCACCUGCUAAUAGCAGUUCAAACUAAAUUUUUUGUAUCAAGUCCCCGAAUGGAAGUAUGACGUUGGGUCCCUCUGAAGUUUAAUUCUGAGUUUUCAUUAAAAGAAAUUUGCUUUCAUUGUUUUAUUUCUUAAUUGCUAUGCUUCAGAAUCAAUUUGUGUUUUAUGCCCUUCCCCAAGUAUUGUAGAGCAAGUCUUGUGUUAAAAGCCCAGUGUGACAGUGUCAUGAUGUAGUAGUGUCUUACUGGUUUUUUAAUAAAUCCUUUUGUAUAAAAA